CACACCAACAGAUAGAUACUCAAGAACGCCAUGAGCUCACAUGGUGGAGCAGAAUGCCUUUCAGUCAUGCCAUCCAGGGUCUGACAUCGCAGAAGCUGACAACACACAGGCUGUUAGCGCAUGCAGGCUCAUGAGGAGAAGGUGGAGGAGCGGAAGCUUCAUGGCGUACGGGGGAAAUUGAGGAGAGCCCUCAGGGCCAGCAAUCCCGAAGACCAACGAGUGAUAUAUGCCACAGGUAGGGUGGCUGCAGAAAGCUGGAGCGAGGAGGUUGUUCGAGCACUGGGCAGCCGAAUGCCUGGUGGACUGUCAAACGUGACAGUGCCCUGUAAAUUCUGUGCCAGCAUCUUCUAUCCUUGUCUUUGUAUCGGUGGUGUGCGAGAUGUUCCUCACCGGCGUGGCCUGGUUGCACCCCGAAUAGCCCACGAAGCCGAAGUGCGCCGACUGCACAACCAACCGAUGGGGCAUUUGCGGGAAUUGGCGACCAGCUUGGACAUGUGCGGCAUGGACAAGGACAUACUUCACGUCUCAGGUCCAGCUGAACCCGACCUUCCAGCAGAAUUGCCGUUGGAAGCGUUUAGUGAUACGACCAUUGUUUGGCGAGAGGGGGACACCUACGUGGUAAAUCGAAAUACGCACCCGAUUACGCAGAAACUUGGCUUCACAGAGAGCGAGCUCCGCAAUCUUCAAGGUGUCCUCGUGGAGCGGGACAAGCACAUCACAGUCCGAGAGCGCUGGGAAGGGCGCCAGGUGAAGCCUUCUUACGUCACGUACUUGCAGCUGGACCAGGCAUUCAAGGAUGUCCAGAUUUCACGGGUGAGGACCUCACAUCAGGACUACUGGGAGGUAUGCCAGGUGAAAUCCGGGGGCCUGGCAGACACGGCUGGCAUGGUACCGGGACAGCGCGUCACUAAAAUAUGCAUCGCCCUAGUAGAGCCCCAGUUGAUGCACAGGCUCCAGAAAGGGGAGGGGGAGCUGGAUGCAAUGGACUGUGCGCGAUGGGAGUACAUCGAUCUGGUAGACGACUCGAAUAUCCCCAAGUGCUUUCUGGAUUGGGGUUUCAAAGCAGCAGACGCAAGCAAAGCGGCUGCGAGCUACUUCCCAUGUCGCCUGGAGUUCGACCUGGUGGCUCCAGGGUCCCGUCUCAUCAGGGCUGCUGAUGCCGCUGCGCCUGAGGAAGCUGAGUGGGAGGACAUCGACACAGACGGAGACGUGCUGAAGAAGAUAUUCAAGCACACCUCUAGACGUGCAACAGGUGAUAAAACAGCACAGUGCAAACUCUGGUUCGAGAGAGAUCAGCGUGAACGAGUUACCAGAUCAGCAGCAGCCGUUCGCCACAAGCACUGCACCGAGAAAGAUGUUGCUGGUGGACCCGACGUUGACUUGGAGCUUUUCCACACCUGGCUUUCGUCCAAGAACCUGUCGCCCAGCCAUUCAAAGUUUGUCUUCCGGAGGCUGCUGGGCUCGGUGCGCCAAGAGCUCGCAAAUUUCGAGCGCAAGAGGACAUACCGCUUGGAGACGAUGCUGUCCAAAAGUAUUCGCUGCGUCGACCUGAUGGAGCGAGAGAAGAAGUUGAAGAGCGAACGUGAAAGUGGCCCACUGCUCAAACGUCGACUUGCUGAAAUCAAGAUGGAGGUGGAUGUUUGCGAGCAGGAGAUAGCAUAUCUUUUCGAUCAGGUGCCGCCAUCUUUCCUCGAAGACAUCACGGACCUAGCGGAUACCAUGAAGCAGACCCUGCCCGCGGACAUGUCAACCACAGACUGUGCCGUUGACUCACGGCAAAGCAGGAGCUUGCCGAAAUCCAUGAUUUUGAAUGUGGUCAGCUGGCAAGAUGCAAAAAAGACAUUGACUGAGAAGGUAGGAGAUGCGAUGCCGGACAGCGACAAGAAGCGGCUCAAGGAAGCAUUCAACCACUUGGCGGAAAAGGCGUCAACGUACAAAGAGCAACUCCGUGGGCGUGGCAAGAAGCGAUCUGCAGAUGCAUAUGAUGACAUGGUGUCACAAGAGGAUGGCCGUCUUUCAGAGAAAGAAUUUGCGAGGGUUAUUCUGCUAAGUGGUGUCAACUGGCUUGGCAUGGAUGAGAUUCAGUUCUUGUUCAGCUCUAUGGACAAGGAUAAAUCUGGGAAGCUGAACUUAGGAGAACUUCUAUGUACGGCCAUGCGCGUGAUUGACCUGUCUGAUCGCCUACAAAGGUUUGUCGAUGACAACAAGGACCUCUCCCAAGCGAAUUGUUUGCUGGAAUUCGGACACCUUCUGAAAAUGGGAAGCGAUCUGGUAGGGCCCAAGUCGCACCCUCUGGUGCCGGACAGCCGCAUCUCUGCUUCGAGCUACUUCUUGAACGAUGCGGAGCAUGGGUUCCAGCAGAUGUGGCGCUCAAGGCUUGACUGCCAGGAUACCUGCUGGGUUGGCGAAUCUCACGACAAAGAUGAGCACCCCUGGAUCCAGUGGCGCUUCUCCUCCCCUUGCAAGAUUCAGGCCAUAUCCACAAAAGGAAGGCCUGACUCAGAUGCCUGGGUCAUAAAAUACAGAGUCGAAUAUGUGACGCAUGCUCUACUUGAUGACGAUGAUGAUGAUGAGAAGGAAUUGUCUGACACUUUGAAAUGGGAGUCUUACUCUGAAGAAGAUGGCAAGAUUUUCCAUUUUGACGGCAAUGCGGACCGUCACACACGAAAGGACAGCUUUUUGAGAUAUCCCUUCGUGACCAGCGCGGUGCGGCUGUUUCCUUUGGAGUACCGCGGACGCUAUCCUGCUAUGCGAGCCUCACUAUACGGAAGUUUUACGCAUUUGAGUGCCCAUGAUCUUGCCCUGGACCAGACCAAGCAGCCUGAGGUUUGAUGUCGUUGAUACGUACAAUUUGUACAGUAGAAUGCCCGGCUUGCAGUAGUGACAACGUGCAACGGUUUGUGCACUUGCUUGUUUUUCAUUUCCACUAGUUUGCGAAGCAACUGCUGGAUCCUGAAAGUGGUGUUUCGGAAAUUGCCGCCAAUUGGCACCUUUGAAAUAAGUGAAGGCGCC